CGGGUACAAUACUUUCCCUCUUUGAAAAAGGAAAGUUUUUACUUUCUUAUUUCUGUUAUUUAUGCAAACGGUAAAUCUGCUUCAAUCUCUAUCGAUGAAUUCGCCUUUUGGAGGACCCAGCGCGUCUAAUCAAGCUGCCGGCGGAGCCCCGGCUAACAAGGAUCGGAAAAUGGCAACGGCCGAGCAUUUAGUUCUUGAUCUCAGCAGCCCUGAUCUCCGAGAGAACGCUCUUCUCGAACUAUCGAAGGAGAUAGUCUCAAUUUAUCCUGUUCUCUCACCACCAAAUCUAACCCCAGCUCAGUCGAAUCGAGUUUGUAAUGCUCUUGCACUGCUUCAGUGUGUGGCUUCUCAUCCGGACACAAGGAUGUUAUUCCUAAAUGCUCAUAUACCCUUGUAUCUGUAUCCUUUCCUUAAUACAACAAGUAAAUCAAGGCCUUUUGAGUAUUUGAGGCUUACUAGCUUAGGUGUCAUUGGUGCCUUGGUGAAGGUUGAUGAAACGGAAGUUAUCAGCUUCCUUCUUUCAACUGAGAUAAUCCCCUUAUGUCUGCGCACAAUGGAGAUGGGAAGUGAACUAUCAAAAACAGUUGCCACUUUUAUAGUUCAGAAAAUUCUACUGGAUGAUGUUGGCUUGGACUAUAUUUGCACUACUGCAGAGCGGUUUUUUGCAGUUGGUCGAGUUCUAGGAACUAUGGUUGCAGCACUUGCUGAGCAACCCUCUUCACGACUGUUAAAACAUAUUAUUCGAUGUUAUCUUCGAUUGUCAGAUAACCCAAGGGCUUGCGAUGCGUUAAGAAGUUGCCUACCAGAUAUGUUACGAGAUGCGACCUUUAGUAGUUGCCUUCGUGAAGAUCAAACCACUAGGUGGCUGCAGCAGUUGCUUCACAAUGUCGGGGUGAGUCGGGUACCAUCUCUUCAAUCCGGUGCAGGAUUCGAUCACAUGCUGGUUAACUGACAAUCAUACAAUUUUCUUUCCAUCGUUCAUAGCUGGUUUUCCCUGCAUGACCGUGGAAGCAUCCUUUUAUGAUUUUAUCCAACUAUUAUUAGUUUUGGUAUUUUGAUUUAAUCAGCAGUUAUUAGUGAUCUGUUGUUUGCCCGUAAAAAGGAAAAAGGAAAUGCAGUCGGAGACAUGAGAUGGAGAGAUCCAACUCUGGUCAGACCAUUCUCAUGUUGAGCCUGAAUUGUAUACAGUUAUGUAGCUAUUUUUCAUGUAUGAUUGAUCAGGCUGUUUCAAUGU